UGUUUAUUUUUAAUUUCUUAAAGUUGACAAUAAUUUUUAUGAUAUAUUAAAAAUAAAUUAUGAAACUAAGUUGAGGUUUAUUAGUUUUACGGACAUAUUAGUUUUUAACUAUGAAUAAAGAAAACAACAGAAGUGCAGCUGGUCUGCGACGCUCAGCAAUUGCUGAAAGAAUUCGCUUAAGAGAAGAAUGGUCAGCUCUCAAAGGAACAGAUAAUGCAACAACAUCAAAAAAGAAGAAACAAACCGUCAUAAAUGUAUUGUCCAGUAAGAGUACAGCUAGUAGAAGAAAGAUCUUAACGAAUUCACAGAAGGAUGACAAUGAAAAUUUUAUGAAAGAAAUGAAGGCUACGAGUGAAGUAUUGCAUGGUGUUGUUGCGUUAGUAGAAGUAGGAGCAGAGAACAGAGCUCUAGCUCUGCGUGCUGCACUGGCAGCGUUAGGAGCCACUGUGGUGCCGAGCUGGACUCCCAUCGUCACUCACCUUGUAUGGUCCCAAGGCGGAUGCUGUAGCGCUCGGGCACGAGCUCGCGCGCUGGCGUCGCGCGUGGUGUCCCCGCUGUGGGUGGAGGCAUGCGCGGUGGCGGGAUAAUUUGUGCGCGCGACUGCAUGUUAUCCGAACACGGGUUCAGUCAAUGACCUGCCCUCACCGCGUACGCUCAAAAUGUUACAGAAAAAAGCAGAUAUGGAAAAUAUACCUAUAGGCAAUCUACUAUCGGAAUCUGAGGAGAACGAACUAAAACCAGCACGAUUACGACUAUCUAGCGAGACAGAGCACGAUACGUCGGCCGACACGUCCCGCGAUAAGUCGCGAGACACGACCAAGUCUACCGAUACCUCGAGAAAUAUUACAGAUGUAGAGUCACGUGUGAAUACAGCACCUCGUAGAGCCGUGCCCAAAUCUAUGAGCACACCGCGACCACGCAAGUCCAAGAGGAAGCUGUUCACGCAACGGGAUGCUGAUAUCACCAAAGAUACAGAUGAAUCUGAUCAAGACAAAACGCCGGUUGGCCCGAAACACGUGAAUUUGCCCCAAUUGACACAUAAGGAGCGGAGAGACUUGGCUCGAGCAGAACGCAUGGCGCGACGACUAGUAUCCGCAUGUAUGCCGGCCACCACGCAGAAAGUUGCACAGAAGUCGCUCACUCCGAGAAUUGUAUUAACGGGCAUGGACCGCACUGAACGGCACACGAUACACGAAGCAAUACGUGCUCUAAACGGCCGCGUACAGUCAAGCGUCAACAAGCGGACCACACACGUACUACUCGGCUCAUUCCGUGCUAACAACGAACAAUGCACCGGAGUGAUGCUGAAACAGUUACCUGGAAAUAAAAGUAAAAAUAACGAUGUAACAGUAACGAGUGAUAAAAAUACUAGUGUUGUAACAGUGAAUCUAUUAACGGGAUGUAUUGGUAAUAAAAAAGCGCGUACGUUUAACGCUUUGGCUGGAGCAGCGCGCGGAGCUAGAGUUUUGUACGCGCAGUGGGUGAUAGAUUCGUUGGAAGCGAAGCAUUGGUUACAUCAUUACGGAUAUGAAGUGCCACAUUUGAAGAAAAUCUCACUGAAAGCACGUGUCGAACGCACCGCUCUCGGAAAAAGCAAUUCUGAAUACUCAUACGACAUUUUUAGUGGAAUGCGGGUAUUAUUAAAAACGAACGCAGAGCAGAGAGAUGCAGCGAAACAACUCCUAGAACUGUGCGGGGCAGUUGUUCAAGAUGGCGGAUCGACACAAAAUGGCGGGAAUUUUGACAUAACAGUGGGCGCGGGAGGCGGUGAAGUUUGUUCCAAGUGGGUGUUUGAUAGUGUUGCGUCGGCGAGAAUGAGGACUGUAAGGCGAUAUGUGAUAAAUGAAUUGAGCGGUAGAAGUGUGGCGACAUUAGAAACAAUAGUUAUUAGCUGAUAUUGUAAGGCGGGUAUAGUAAACAAAGUAGGUUGCGACCACAGAGCAAUUAAAACGGCUGGGGUUUAGCACAUUGCCUUACUUCCUAUGAUUUGUCAUGAUAUAUUUGUAUUCAUGAGUGUGAUUGUAUCGAUCAGGCUGUUUUCUAUGUAUAUUAUGUAUUUACAGAAAAUAACCUAUGUAUUUAUACAUAGUCUAGUACCCAUAACACAAACUCUGUUUAACUUGGGACUAGAUAACGCUGUGUGAAUUGUCCUAAGAUAUUUAUAUAUACUUUUUAUGACAUUGUUUUUCUUAUUCAUUAUAUUUGUACCGCCUACAAUUUUUCUCUGCACAACCUGUGGUUGACUA